UGCAUUUCCAUGCAUGAUUGUAACCUCUGCGUGUUUCGAGCAUUUCUGUCGAGCAGCAUUGCCAACCUAAUGGCGUCUCGGGAAGGAGGAGGGGGAGGAGCGCACGCCAGCCGACCGCCGCUGAGGGUGGGGCGCACGAAGGAGUACCGCAUGGGCAGGGACACGCAGCUGCUGGCGGCCGAGGGCGCGCCGGUGAACCUCUUCGUGCUGUGCGGCGACCGGUUCGAAGGCACGCAGCUGUUCCGCUCGGGCUCCCUGUCGGUGCACAUGGUCCGCGUCGAGGGCCACCCGGUGUCCAUGGCGUCCUGCACCGUCGGCGACCACCAGUGGAUGCUCGCCAGGGACGCGCUCGUGGCGCGCCUCGACGCCCGCGUCUUCGUCUUCGAGCUGCCGGGCUUCUUCUACGCCGUCGUCGUGCCGCCCGACAGCGGCGGGGCCGGCGACAGGAAGUGCGCUACGCUCGCCGAGAUCUUCUCCCGGUUCUCCGCCUACCAGGAUCUCUCCAAUGCAGAAGGUGCAGAGCAAGCCGGCGAGCAGAACCAGCAUGCCAACCCAUGGGUCCGAGCCCACGCUAGGAUGCAGAGCCUCGGGAGGUCCCCCACGCCGCAGCCCAACGGUCCUUCCUCGCCGGCCGCCAUCAGCAGCGAGAGGCAGCUGGAGCGCGCCGUGCGCACGUCGGCCGUCGUCAAGCUGCUCAACCGCUCCCUCCUCGCGGGCGUGCUCCAUCCCGCGAGGCACCUCACAAUCACCCUCGGCGCCAACGCCAACUCGGGCGCAAUUAACGCCGGGGCCACAAGGGGGGCAGGACCCAACGCGUUCGCGGCGGCGCUGCCGAGCAAGUCCGUCGUGUGCGCCCUCCUCGAGGCCAUCGAGACGAGCCGUGCGCCGGCCAACGCACCGCGCUUCCGCCGCGGCGGCAACGGGCCGGGGUGGUGGAGCCUCAACGUGGAAGGCGUGAUGCUGCUGCUCAGAGUCGUCCAGGCGAUCCGGGGCAGGAGGCUGCCGGCUGUGGCGGCGACGCUCGGAGUGGGAGCGAAGAGACCGCGUGACGAGGGGAAUAACGGAUCUGGCGGCGCCGGGCACGACGGCCUGAAAGGCGGCAGCGGCGGCGGAGCUCCGUUUGGCGGGGCACGGCGGUGCGGCGGGAAGCAGAGGAAGCUGGGGAACACUCUGGGUGCCUGUGGAAGCUCUUGA